AUGUCUUCUUUCAUCGCGCAAGUCUUUCAGCAAUGCGACUUGGUCGAAUCGUGGCAAGCAAUGGGAGGCGCCGACAAAAACCCUUUGUUUUGCUACACUAGUGGACGAUGGUUAUGGAAUGAGCGUGAGCAGCUGCAAGCCCGAUUUCGACGUUUUGACAUCCCCAGUCUCCAGCAAGCGGCCUGCCAAGCUGUCGGUGCGGAGAAGUGUAUAUCCAUUGAGAAGAUUGGAGAAGGCAACUACAACAAAGCAUUUCGCCUGGAAAUGGAGGAUGGCCGAAAGGUCAUUGCGAAAGCUCCGCACCCUAAUGCAGGCCCCCCAUCAAUUACCACGGCAUCUGAAGUGGCGACCAUGGAGUUUGCUAGGACCGUGCUGAACAUACCUGUUCCACGAGUAUUCGCAUGGAGUGCGAACGAGCAGAACCCUGUUCAAGCAGAGUAUAUUAUCAUGGAAGAAGCGAGAGGGUCCCAACUCCACGAAGUCUGGGAUGAACUUCCACUACGGAAAAAAGUGGACGUCAUUCGUGGGAUUGUAGACAUCGAAAGGAAACUUCUCUCGGUCUCAUUUGACAUUGGUAUUGAGGGGUGCGAAUCGGCCGUCGUAACCACCAGUCCACAAGAUGUUGCGGAACACAUCAAAUCAAAAUAUUCCAUUGGACCCAUCACUCGAAGGGAGUUCUGGGAGAAACAACGCAGUGAAAUGCAAUAUCACGGUCCUUGGACAUCUUCCGCAGAAUAUCUCACUUCAAUCGCUCAGCGCGAAAUUGACUGGAUCAGUAAUCAUGCGGACCCAGGAUCGGCAAAAGAAACUCCAUGGCAGUACUCAAGUCCAUUUCAAGACUCUCCACAAGCUCACAUAGCUUUGUUGCAAAAGUUCAUGACUGCAGUUCCACACAUCACUCCACAAGAUCCGGAGCUCAACUCACCUCGACUCUGGCACCCGGAUUUCCACGCCGGAAAUAUCUACGUUGAUGACGAAGCCCGCAUAUCAUCCAUCAUCGACUGGCAGGCAGCCUGGACCACCCCGGUGUUUAUUGGGGCCAGACCGCCACUGGUCCUAGACUACGCAGUCGAAAUGAUGAUGAAGCUUCCAGAUAGUUUCAAAACGCUCGACGACGCCACAAAGGAUAAGCUGCGGUACCAGGUUGCCCAGUCCAUCUUGAUCCACACAUACGAAACAUGCACGGCGGAGCAGAAUCCUUUAAUGAACAAGGUGAUACGCCACCCCCACGGUCAGACGUUGAAGCAAUUAGAAGCUUUCGCUGGCUCGACCUGGGACAACUGCCUGUUUCCCUUUGAAGAAUGCUUAAUCCGCGUCGAAAGUUUCUCAGCGGAAGAGUUGCAGCAACAUGACCAAGAGGCGGAUACGUUCAAUAAAAGCCAGGAGCUCUGGAAAGAGUUGGAAGGGGUUUUGAAUGAUGAGGGAUAUACGACUAAUGAAACUCUCGACAAGGCUGUCCAAGCUCUCAAGGACUUGCGAGAGAUUGGCCUGGAGACUUUACACGGCGACGUGCGAAGUAGGUUUGAUGAAGAGACGCGUUGGGUCACUAGUCUCAACGAAGAUGGUUCAUAG